UACCGAAACAUUCAAUGCCCACAACAUGGGGCCCCAACGGUCAGAGGUGCAGCUCAAGAAAGUUUGGGAGCGACUGAAAGUCAAGGCGAAGAAAAGCAAGGCUGACUUGAAACGGGAGGUGUUCAAAACUGGUGGUGGCGCGCCUCCACCAGACAUGACCUCAGAUUGUGAGCAAGUGCUCACACUCCUCGGGGAUGACAUUAAUGACAUCGGCAACCCCUAUGAUGAUGAUGCCUUGCCAUCUCAGCCACGCUCCGACAUCUGGUGUGAGUUGGUGAGUUCCGAACCACUGGCACCAACACCAGAUGAAGAACAGGGCGGCAACAAAGUUGGGGAAACAAUUGUGCCUGCCAGCCCCGUAAGGAUGACGAGCAGGCAACGUCGAGCCGGGAGGUGGAAAGCGGGCGAAGACGUAGAAGUCCGGGAGAUAGUGAAGGCCAGCACAAGCAGGGACGACGAGUUUCAGAACAAGAGGGCAAAAUUGAUGGACAUGCAAUUACGAUACAUGGAGUUGAAGCUUGAGGAGGCUGAAGCCAGAAAAGAGGAGGCAAAAGAAAAAGCUUUAGAAGCAAAAAUGUAUCGACUCAUUGCAGAAAAAGAGCACGCAAACUGCACAUGAGAUAUAUGUAAGAGCAUAUAUAAUAUAUA